AUGCUGACCAAAAGAGAAUCUGCGGGUAGAUCCCAAAGUUUGGCUUCUGCCACCUUAUUAAGUGAAGAUCAUUCUUAUGAUACUGUUGAUGUGAAUAACUUAUAUGAAUCAGUGUUGAAAAUCAUUUUGUUGGAAUACAUCAAUGAAGCUCGAUUCCAUACUCCAAUAGUAAAACCUCAGUCUCCAUCCAAAUCUUCAGAUUCCCCUUCUAGUAGUUCAACUAGUUUAACUUCUUCUUCCAAAAUCUUGAGAAAUUCUAAAAUCAGUUCAAAUGAUAAUGAAUUAAAACUUCCUCCAAAUCUUUUGUCGAGUUUAGAAACUCGUUUAAAUCUAAUUGCAAUGAAAAAAAGAGGUAAAGAUUAUGAUGACUUAACAAGACGUUCUUUGCUUCGAUUAUAUAGUGAAUUAUUGGAUCCAAAUGUAAAACAAGAAAUAUCUCGUAUUAAUAAACCAGAAUAUUUAGUCAUGAAAUUCGUCUCUUCUGCUAAUAAAGAGGUGGUUAAAAUGGGUACUAUUCCUCAACAUGAAAUAAGUGAUAUCGUUUUCAAACAAGCUGAAGUUUUUGUCCAAAUUUUAAUUUCUCUCAUUCCUAAGGAUAAAAAUAGUGAUGCAAUCAUUAAUAAAUUAAAAGAACAUAAAGAAUCUUUAAAACCUUCUAAAUCAAACAAUUCAAAAUCAGUCUCAACUGACUCGGUGUCAUCCUCAGUUUCGUACGUGAAACCUUCUUUCAGAGUAUCAGAUAUGGAAGAAGCAAUGAUUGAUCUAAUUAAAAGCAUUUUCGAUAUCGAUCAAGUAAAACUUCAACAAGAUAUCUUCAAAUUAAAAGACUUGUCACAAGAAAAAACAUUGCAUCAAGAUAUUAAACAAAUUCUUUUCUACCUCAAUAAAGAUUUGGGUCAAUAUAAUCGUAAAAGUUUCCUAACAGAGAUUGCUUAUAAUAAUUGGAAAUCCCGUGAAGCUGCUUCGUGUGAAAGUUUGAAAAACAAGUAUCCUAUACCUGCUUCCUUAAAGCUCUUGGAAACUCCUCCUCUCCCGCCCGGUUGUGAUUUUUAUAUUUUUCCUAAAAACAAUGUCACUAAAAAUUACUAUGUCAAUUUGACUAAAUUAUGUUUAAAUCAAACUAUUAAAAAUAGAAAAUUAGAAUUUGAUUCAGCUCUGGAAAAACCCUUACUUUCAAAACAAGCAAAUAAUUUACUCCAUCUAUGUGCUCGUUUCUGGAGAAUUGAUUUUCCAACUAGAGCUACUGCUCUUUACACUGCAUGCCAUUUGACUGGUAUCUUAAAGGAUAACUUAUCACAGGAAUCAAAUUCCGACCAGAAAGACCUUGGUCCUAUUGAUUUAGAUACUACGACAACUAUGCUUCAUACCUGUAAAAAAAUUGUUGAAGAUAAUGGAAAACUUGAUUGGGAGGAAAAGACAGAAUGGACUUUGAAAGACCAAGAGGACUGGGUCAAAAAUUUGACCUACACAUAUAAUGAGGUCUUUUUCUCAAUAAAAGAAAAUUUAACCAUGAUAUUCAACAAAACAGUCAAACCAAAAUUUGGCCCUUAUCUUAUGUUUUUAGGGGAUUAUUUGGAGUCCGACACUUUGUUUCAUAAAGUUGAAGAAACAGGAUUACCCAAGAAAUGGGAGAAGAAGCUUUCCAAAACUUUAUUGAGAAUCUCAGAAACAAGGUAUGCCGAAUUAUUAGCCAAUUUACCAAGAGAUGAUACUCUCGAUAUUGUACAUAUCUUGAAUAUUUCGGAUAGCAUAGUUGGUGAUACUAAGUUAUUGCAAAAAAGAUACAAAAACCCCCUUUUGGGAUUCUUGAAUGUCAGUAGAACCGUUGCAGCAGUUCUUACAGGCAUGUUCGCAUUGGAUUCAAAAAAUAUCUUGAAGCAUAUUCACGCUUAUGCUAAAAAUCAAGGCAGACUAUUAGCUUAUUCUGAUGCCAUUGAAGCUUAUAAAUCAUUGUCCGAAAUAAGGUAUAUUUAUAACCAAGUAUCUGUCAGUAAUAGUCCUUUCAAGUUCAAUCUAGAGAAAUUUUUCUAUCCAUUUUUGAAAGAAUGGGUAGAAGAAAGUGGUGAAAAAAUUAGUGCUAUCAUUAAUAAUGCCAUCGAAAAAGAUUCCUUCGAACCUAUCGAUCUCAAUGAUGAUAAUCGGAAAUUUAGUUCUUCCGUUUUGGAUAUUUUUACUUUGGUUAAAGAAUUCUUGAGAAUUCUUAAUCAACUUAAUUGGUCUAAUGAAUUUCAAUUGGCUCAAGCUUAUACCUCUCUUUUGAAAAGUAUAUCAGAUGGUGUUUUGACUUAUUCAUCGAAGAUUUCUGAUAAAAUAAUUAGAGAGUUAGAUGAAGAAGAACAGAAAAAACUUUUGCAACAAGCUAGUGAUGAAGUUGAUAAUAGAAAAAGUGGUAAUUGGUUUGAUGAGGUUAAGAACGUCGUUUCCAAUAUUCAAAACGGUAAUAAAUUAGAAUUAGAAGAACCUUAUAAUUUCAAACCUGGAACAUGUAUUGCCUUGAACAACCUCGCAGCAAUGAUGGAUCAACUAACUAAACUCGAAGAUUUAUUGGACCCUGUGCUGAUUUCUAAUACAGUUGCUGAAUUUGAUCCUUCUUUACAGAAAAAAUACACUAGUCACAUUUUCUCCUUGCGUUUGGUCAAAGCUGAAAACUUGAAAUCGGCUAAUGCUUCUUCAAAUCUAUCUAAUAUGCAUCCAUAUAUAACCAUGAUCGAUACGAUGGCCCGAAAGACCAUAGGAAAAACAAGAGUGGUAAAUAACACAAAUAACCCUGAUUGGGAUGAAGAGUUUGAAGUAACACUCCCAGCUAAUACUUCACUUACCAUUUCCGUUACGGUCUGGGAUGAACGAGUUGGAACGCACUCAAUUUGUGGACGAGCAUUAUUACAGUUGGACCCCUUGAGAUUCAAACAUGAUGGAAUCCCUCAAGAGAUCUAUCUCGACCUAGACUCUCAGGGAAGAGUGCUUGUUGAGAUAGCUGUUGAAAGUGAAAGAGUUGAUGCUAUUUUUGUUAUGGGAAGAGCACAUAGAAGCUUGAAACGUGCACAAGAAAGAGCUAUAAAAUUAAUCGUGGAGAAAUUUUCUAGAUUUAUUCAUUACUGUUUUUCGAGGAGUAACCUUAAAUCUAUUUGUGGUAAUAAUGGACAAUUGAAGCCUACUCAAGACCAAAUGGAUGAUGCCAUGAUGCCUUUGUAUAAUUACUUAAACAUGAAUUUGCAAGUAUUGGCUGAGUUUCUCACGAAAAGUCUAUUACUAAAAGUCAUGCUUGCAGCUUGGAUAGUUGUUGUUUCAAGUGCAGAUGCUCUAUUAUUACCUAAACUUGCCUCAGCUAAAACAUUUCAUUUGUCAAGUAUUGGUUCUAAAUUGAAACCAGAAUCUACUGGUGGCUGGCAAUCAGCUGUCAGCUCUGCUAUGGCAAAUGUUACUAAUUCUAUGGGUAUAAGUGGCUUUGGAAAAUCUUUGACCAGUAAUGAACUUGAAACUGUAUUCUCAUGGCUUAACUUUUUGUGCUUCGACUUUUUUCAUAAUGAUGGAAAUGGUCCUCCGGUUCGAGACUUGAAGAAUGAACAAUAUCAAGCGUUGUUAUUAGUUCCAGUGUACUAUGACAGAGAUGUUGACUUCUUACAACAGGAAGUUGAGAGAUUAUCGCCUGCUUUUAUCAAAACGUUACGCGACCGAAACAAUUUUGAUAAUGAACCUUCUCUUGCGGCCCCUCAAAGAAGAAAUAGUAGGGCUGGCUCUAUAAUACGGAAUAAAACUAUUUUGGCAAAUGCCACGGCCAAGUCCAGAGCCCAAGCUGAUAAAGAAGCUCGUGAGGCGAGAUCUGAUCCGACCGCUGCUCAAACUUUGGCUGAAGAUAUGAUAUUAAGGAUUUUGUUGAUCAAGGACGAGAAGUCAUACGUUGCACGAAGGUUGGAACAGCGUGAAAAGCUUGCCCAUAGUAUCGCUACUGAGAGGUUAGCGAAGGCAGCAGCUGAAGGUAGAUUUAAUAGACGAUAA